AGCCCCUUCCUCAGGGCAGGCCGGGCCGUCACGUCGCCCCCCAGAGCCCCUUCCCCUGAGGUGCCUCCCAGCCUCCCAGCCUCGCCCGCAGCCCCAGGCCCGUGCCGAGCGCCGGGCGGGUGCAGGGUGACCGCCGUGGCCCCGCUGCACGCGGUGGGGCGGGGGCCGAGGCGGGGCAGGCGCCCCCGGCCGAGCGCUGCGGGGCCCGGAACGGUGGCGGCGGCGGGGCUCGUUCCCGGCCGGGGCCGGCGGAGGAGCAGCGCCGGGCCCUGAGCGUUGGGAGCCUUGGAAACGGGCGGAAGCCGUCAGGGAGCGGCGGCGGGAGGAUGCUGAGCCCCGAGCGGUCCUCGCUGCCGGGGCCCGAGUACCUGGCUCAAAGACAUGUCCUCACGUACAUGGAGGAUGCAGUGAGCCAGCUGUUGGAGAACAGAGAAGAUAUUAGUCAGUAUGGCAUUGCCAGGUUCUUCACUGAAUAUUUUAACAGCGUGCGUCAAGGAACACACGUUUUGUUCCGUGAGUUCAGCUUUGUCCAAGCUACCCCUCAUAACAGAGCAUCUUUUCUUCGGACCUUCUGGAGAUGUUUCCGAACAGUGGGGAAAAACGGAGAUUUGCUGACAGCACAGGAAUACCACUGCCUGCUGCAGCUGCUCUGCCCUGACUUCCCAAUGGAACUCACUCAGAAAGCAGCAAGGAUUGUGCUGAUGGAUGAUGCUAUGGAUUGCCUGAUGUCUUUUUCUGAUUUCCUCUUUGCUUUCCAGAUCCAAUUCUACUACUCAGAGUUCCUGGAAAGUGUUGCUGCCAUUUAUCAAGAUCUAUUGGCUGGUAAGAAUCCAAAUACUGUGAUCGUGCCAACAUCAUCCUCUGGGCAACAUCGGCAGCGACAACCCCCAAAUGACUGCAACCCACUUGAUGGGGUAGAGGCAUCUCUCUUCUACCAGUGCCUAGAAUCCUUGUGUGACAGAUCAAAAUACAGCUGUCCACCUUGUGCUCUUGUGAAGGAAAUGCUGAGUACUGCACAGAGACUGACCUUCUAUGGAUUUCUUUUGGCACUUGCAAAGGACCAAGGGAUCAACAGAGCCCUAGGGGCUUUGCCAGACAAAGGAGAUUUGUUUCUGGACCCUGCCAUGGAUCAGGAACUUGAGAAAUUGAUAGCUCAGGUUUCAGGGCUUGCCAUCUCUGCUCCGACCAGCUCCAGCGGGGACACUGCUAAUUUGCCUGUCCGUCACUCACCCAGGAUUAACUCUCCCUGGAAACCUCUCCACCAUCGCCGAAAAAUGGAUGCUGAGAGUGAAGGCUCCAACGAAGAGACAGACUCCUCUGAAAACUGAAGGUUGUGAGGGUGGGCACUGGUCCCAUCUUUGGUUUGUCCAGAACUCACGGGAGGUACAGCACCUCCUCCCAGAGCAUCUGCUCCGGCCCUGGCUUAUGUCCACAUCACCAGUACGUGCGUGGCUGUGCCAGUCCCCGUUACCAAGUCCACCUGUCCCUUCCCAGCAAGAGCGCUGCUUUUUUUUUUUUUUUUUUUCCCUAGAUCCAAAUUUGUGUAGGAGUAGCUCCUUCGUGGAAGCUCUUUCCAGCUGCAGAGUUCUGCUGCCAUCUGCUGGCAAGUAAAAAGACAAACCAGCAGCGGUUAGAGCUGCAAGUACUUGGAAAUAGCCCAGUGUUCUCCCUACCAGGGCUCUCCCAGUUCAGCAGGUGCUGGAGCAGUGGGAGUGCUAGCGCAGGCUGGGCGCCAGUGUUUUGUUGUGUAGCUGUGUUCAGACUUGGCCUAGACAAUAGAGUGGUUAAAUCACCAGCGGCAGCUUUGCAUUCAUGCUCCAUUACAAUUAUUCCCAGUAAAGCUGCACCUGCAUGUGAUCAAAGGUAGAGAAAUUCCUCAAGUUCCUAGAAUAGAAGGGUUUAGGUAUUGCCUUGCCACCUGUCACAGCUUCCUCCUCCAUGAGUCCAAGACAAGCCAAAGCAAACAAUAAGCUAGAUUUCAGUAAGUACUGCAUGGGGCUUUGCGGCUGCUCUGCUGUGCCGAGUUCCCUUCUGUGAGGCCUCCCACGGCCUCCAACAGCACGUUAAGCUCAUUUGCUGAAAGCAGGCUUCAGAGAGGGGGGUGGGACAGAGAGAUGAAAAGUCUUCAGAGUGUUUGGCCACAGGUGGUGGUAGGGCCUGCAAACAUAGAGCGUAUCUGCUGGGGUUUGGUGGGCAGAAGCACUGGGGGAGAAGGAGGCAGUUUUCAAGUGAGUCCCAGGUACUUUUUGUAAAUAUUGGCAUUGCUGUAGCAUUGCAGUGUGGCCUGUACAGCUGCAAAAAGAAUUAACAGCCUCAAUGGUAACUAACUCUACAGCUUGGCCUCCACAGACCUGAGCAGUUGCCUAGCCACGCGCCUCUGUCACAGCUUGCAUGGACUAGUUAUUUCCGGAGACAUUCCAAUUUCUUGUGAGCCUUUAGGAGCCUCCUUGCUCUUCCCUGCCCUAAAACACUGCACUGUGUGGGCUACUAAGAUCUGUUAACCCAAAGCUUAGCGCUGCCCUAAGCUGAGUGGAUUCAGCACAUGCUGGAGCUAUUUAAAGAGUAAUCCCUUAACUAUGGCUGACCUGGCUGUGGAGGUAGGGGGAGGAAUUAUUUAUUGAUUUUAAGUUAUCAGCAUGCUCUUUAACUGCACGUUCUUUCCCACCCAGCAGCAGGCAACAACUGAAGCCAGGGAAUAAAGCAUACAGUGUAAGGCCUGGGGCCAAGCCUGAGAAACUGUUUUGUGCCUCCCUCCCAGGCCCCAGCGGCCUCUCAUGGGGCCUCACCAUGUGGACCCUGCCCAGGUGGGGCCCGCUGCCACCCCCAGCACAAAUGGCAUCGUGCCCACACCACCCAUGCAAGCACGUUCACCCUCAGCCACUUCCACUCCCGCCACAGCCCUGGGGGUACCACAGCCCCUCUGGCUGCUGCCACGCAGCCCCCGAUGGAGCAGGGGCGUCCGUGUGUAUCUGGCACAAGGUGGGGGCCCAGCCCUGGAGGGGGCGUUUGCUGACAGGAACCCACGGAAUUAAGUUGUUUUGCUCAUCCAGUAAUUUUGCAAUAGUUGCAAAAUAAGCACAGG